AUUUUAUUGAAAAUCAAACUUUUGAAAAUGAACAGGUCCAAUUUAUUAUUCAAAAAGUAAUGUAUUUGUCUUUUUAUUAUGUUAUGAUAUAGUUAGCUUUUCAGGAUUAUCAAUAAUUAUUCAUUCCCGUAACCAGUAGCCUAACUUUUUGUAAAACCAACAAACAUUGAUACUGGAAGAUAUGCCGUAGCCCUGUAUAUGGCAUAUUCUUAUAAUGCAUUUUAAAUUGCAUGUAAAUAUUCUCAUAAUGCAUUUGACAUUAAAAAUCUAUUUAGUGUUAGAAUUUUUUACUAAAUGGUGUCUGUAAAAAUUAUUGUUAUCUAUCUAGAUCUUUAUAGACUCACAAGUUUUUAAUGCACUUCAAUUGUGCAUACUUGUCUACAUAUAGACACUCUUUACAAAUAUUACUAUAUCAUAAUAUAAUAUGCUUUUAUUACCGUUAUAAUAACAGUGGAGAGAGAGAUAGAAGAACACAGUUUCCGUUUCUCUGUCUACUGUCUUCUAUAAAGGAUAUCUGAUGUAAUAUUAACUUUUCAUUCUUGUUUGAAAUAACUAAUUAUGUUUUAUUCCUCAGGAAAAAAAAUAAUGAUUGCAGGAGGUUUGUGGCAUAAGGUUCUAAUCCAUCCUGAAUGGAGCAAGUCCCUAUGUUGUGGCCAUUCUUGAAUUGUAGCGCUGUUCCGUGCGGUGCUGCCUCCUGGCGGUGGAUUGUCGAAAGCUGUCGUCAGCCUAGGUUUUUUCCUCUCAGUCGGGAAAGAAGGCAGACAGAAUCAAGAGUGUACAAGCCAUACUGUUCCGGCUCACUUUAUUUGUUAUUUUGCUAUUUGUCUAGCCGGACAUUAUAUGUCAAUAAUUGAUUGAAGUGUUUAAUGAAUGUCGUGAAUAUUUGGGAGAAGCAAGGAUCAGUGAAAUUAAUAUUGCCAAGCAGCUUGUAACCAUCACCAGGCCACAGUAUCAGAGUAUCAGAAAGGUAUUUCCUUUCCCAAAGGUAUUUAUCCUUCUCAUCUCUAUAUUCCAUCCUGUAUUUCGAUUCCAAUACCUUAUAAUUGAUAAUCUGGCACAUAAAAAAUUACGACUGGUGAGUCUAUUAUCUAUACUUAUUUGAGAACUUCCAUAGCUUUGCUCACAGUAAAUAUUUCUUUCAAUUCCAACUUGGCAAGUAUUUUCAUUAAAUACAAUAAGAAUUUAGAUACAGUCCUCUCAUUCUACAAAACACCCUAGCUUAAACUCUUAACUUGUUUACAAUUUUAGUUUUUUCUCUUCCCAUUCAUAUCCAACACUUUCUUAUUUUUUAGAAAACAUGCAGUCUGUAAUCUACCCCCAUGUCAGUGUAGAGAGGCCUGUUCAUGAAGACACAAAAUCAUUCGACGAGAUUUCAAGAUUUGUAUGGACGGCUCAAAAUUCAUGCUGACAAUAACCAAUUUGGUAAUAAUGCUCUAUAGCUGUAUGCUGGCAUAUUUGGUGCUGAAGACUGAUGAUUUAGAGAAGGUAACAAUCUAUGGUGCGAUGUUUGUAUUCAUAAACCUAACUGUAUUCUCUGCUCAUCACAAUGGUCAGCGUCUAUCCAACCAGAAUGAUGUGCUGCGUCAAUCACUAGCCUCGCUUCCAUGGAUCAAUAAGCCUGAUUGGUUCAAGAAGACUUUGUACAUCAUGAUGACACGAGCUAAUGUCAACAAUGAGAUGAGGCCCUAUGGCAUCUACUCUCUCAGCUACUUGUCAUUUAAAGAUUCAUCGGCGAAUCCAGAGAUGACCGGACCCCUCGCCUCUGAUCAAUUUGAAUCACCCGCAAGGAACACGCAGAAGGAACAUGGACUUGGCAAUUCCCAGGAUGACAACAUCAGCUGCUCAGAGGUCAGCCACAUAUUUAGGACCAAAAAUUUUCAAUAAACUGCUAAUAGCUAUUAAAGAAACAGUUCCAAUCAACUCAUUCAAAUCGAAAACAAAAAAGUGGCUCCUGUCCAAUAGAAUCAAUCAUUUAUAACAAUUAGUUCUAUGAAAAAUUUUCCAUACUGUUUCAUUCUCAUUUUCUUCAUUAUGAUGAUCUUUUCCCAUGAGUAUUAUAAAUGUUUUUAUGUUAAAUUUUUAUAAAAUUUCUACAUCUUAGGUUAUCAAUUUUCUUUUUUAAAUUUGUGUAUAGAAAUGUGGUUUUUAUGAACUCCUAAUGACUCGCAAAAUGUAUCUUUAUUAGAAUUUUUGACUUUUGGCAUAAAAUCUUAAACAAAAGCAAAAUUAGUGACAUCCCGACACAUAUUCAUAUAUAGUGGGGGCCACAUUUUCUAAGAUCAGCAAGUAAUCAACCAAUUGUAUUAAUACUUUGUAAAUAAUUGC